AUGAAAAUAUUUGGACGAGCAUUUAGUCAAGAGUUUGGUCAAGGAUUAGGUCAAGGGUUUGGUCAAGAGUUUGGUCUGGGGUUUGAACAAGGGUUUGGUCAAGGGUUUGGUCAAGGAUUUGGUCAAGGGUUUGGUCAAAAGUUCGGUCUGGGGUUUAAACAAGGGUUUGGUCAAGGGUUUGGUCAAGGAUUAGGUCAAGGAUUUGGUCAAGAGUUUGGUCUGGGGUUUGAACAAGGGUUUGGUCAAGGGUUUGGUCAAGGAUUUGGUCAAGGGUUUGGUCAAAAGUUCGGUCUGGGGUUUAAACAAAGGUUUGGUCAAGGGUUUGGUCAAGGAUUUGGUCAAGGGUUUGGUCAAAAGUUUGGUCUGGGGUUUGAACAAGGGUUUGGUCAAGGGUUCGGUCAAGGGUUUGGAAUAAUAACAACAGAUGCCGACUCAAAGUAUUAUAAUAUGUCUUUUUUCAACUAA